GAGCGAGUAGGAAACGGCGGCGACGAGGGGUGGUCGGCGGUGGUCGCGGCCAAGAAGAGGAAACCGGCAGGGUGGUUCGAGGCGGGACAGGAGGCGCUGACGCCCUGGCGACUGCCGGGGUGGUUUACCCGGCCGCGACAGCGACGUUGUUCCCUGGCCGGGUGUCAGCUGGACACCACCACCCCGAGUUCACCACCACGUUGGAGGUGGGGUUCCCGGCGCGCGGCACCACCGCCUCUAUGGCGUUGGUAGCCGCGCCGCCCUCGUGGCCCUCGCGGGACCCCGGGGCCAGCUUGGCCGCGACCGGUGCAGCCGCCGCCGCUGCUGCCGCCGCGGCCGGUGCCGCAGCCGCGGCCGCGUCCGCCGCGGGCCCAGGUCCCAUACAAAUCGCUCCACCGCCCCCGAUGCCCCCGACUCACCUGACGCCAUCCGCCACGCCGGAGGACAUUACCUGUCUCGUGCCCGCCGGAGCGGUUCUCACGCCCAGGGACCCCCUGCCGCCCAGCACCACCCCCGGAAGCCAAGCCAACAGCUCGCAAUCCGGCAGCUCGCAAACCGACAAAUCGCCCAACAUCGAGUGCGUCGUCUGCGGGGACAAGAGCAGCGGCAAACACUACGGCCAGUUCACCUGCGAAGGAUGCAAAAGCUUCUUCAAGAGAAGCGUCAGGAGAAACCUAACUUACUCGUGUCGAGGAAAUAGGAACUGUCCCAUCGACCAACACCAUAGGAAUCAGUGCCAGUUUUGUCGAUUGAAAAAGUGCCUGAAGAUGGGCAUGCGCCGGGAAGCCGUACAAAGGGGUCGAGUGCCACCGUCGCAGCCAUCGCUACCAGGUUUGCCGGGACAGUUCGCUCUGACGAACGGUGACGCGGUCGCGUGUGCCAACUUGAACGGUCAUUCUUACCUCUCCUCGUACAUAAGUUUGCUGCUGAGGGCAGAACCGUAUCCGACCUCGCGAUACGGCCAGUGCAUGCAACCGAACAACAUCAUGGGAAUCGACAACAUCUGCGAGCUCGCGGCGAGAUUGCUGUUCUCGGCGGUCGAAUGGGCCAGAAACAUCCCGUUCUUCCCGGACCUACAAGUCACCGACCAGGUUGCCCUGCUCAGGCUAGUUUGGAGCGAGUUGUUCGUGCUAAACGCGAGUCAGUGCUCGAUGCCUCUGCACGUGGCGCCGCUGCUCGCCGCGGCCGGUCUUCACGCCUCCCCCAUGGCGGCGGAUCGCGUCGUCGCCUUCAUGGACCACAUCAGGAUCUUUCAGGAACAAGUGGAAAAAUUGAAGGCGCUUCACGUCGACUCCGCGGAGUACAGUUGCCUCAAGGCCAUCGUCCUCUUCACCACAGAUGCUUGUGGAUUGUCGGACGUGGCGCAUAUCGAGUCCCUUCAAGAGAAGUCGCAGUGCGCCUUGGAAGAAUACUGCAGGACUCAAUACCCGAAUCAACCGACGAGAUUCGGCAAGCUGCUUCUUCGAUUACCCUCGCUGAGGACGGUGUCGUCGCAGGUGAUCGAACAGCUGUUCUUCGUGCGGCUGGUCGGGAAAACGCCGAUCGAGACGCUGAUCAGGGAUAUGUUACUGAGCGGUAGCAGCUUCAACUGGCCGUACAUGACCACGAUGUGACAUUCUGUCUGGCGACAGCUAGCUUCCGCGUAAUACCCUCGCGCCAUUUCCCAUCGCCUCGUCCCUCUUCGUCGUCGUCGUCUCUUCGCCUCUCCGUCGUACGAGCACCGUCGCUCGCUUCGCGCGACCUCCCAACGAUUCGCCAAGCAUUCGCGGCUCCCCUGGGCUCCGAAACGGUGUCGAGGAAACGAAUCGCGCGCGACGAUCGGACGAGUCGGCGAAUCUGGACGAGGACGAGCGAACGAACAGGUCGAAGAGAACAAUACGAGGCAGCGAUAAAGACGCUCGAAGGUCGCGGUUCCAGCUUUUUCGAAGCACUCGAUCGAUCGCGCUACGGAUGAAACGAAAGGCGCGAGCUCGCGUGUUUCGCCAGACCUUUUUCUCUGCAAUUGCAUCGCGUCCCGGCGCUCGAAGAGCCGGGAAAGCGUUCGGGCUCGAACGCAGGAAAGAGAAGAAACGAGGGAAAAGACGAAAGGCGAAGCGGAAUCGAGACGAGCAGCGAUAUGGAAGGGGGAAACGCGGCGCGAAGAAAUCAUAAAUUAGCAUUUGUAAUCGACGGCAGGGGAUCUGGUAGAUCCUUCGCUGGCCGCUAUCUCGCAUCGAUCUCGCGUCGAGUAAUUGCCGUUAGUCGAGUCACGCCGAAACCCUUAGUCACUCGUUUCGACGUUUCGUCGUCCGCGUUCGUUCCACCUUUCUUUCGCCGUCUUUCGUGUUUCUUCUUUCUUGAUCCGUUCUCGCGAACCACGUUUCCCUACCACGUUUCGCGCUACUCUAUCGAAAUUCACCCAAGCGACCCAAUUACACGGACCGCUCACCGCGUCUUUCCCUCGGAGCAUCUCGAUUCCGUACCACGAGUUUUCGAACGCGUGAUUUCUUCUCUUUCUUAAAUACCGUCUAUACGACGUGGCGGACUGUCUUACCGAUACGCCGGUAACGAGUAACGCGGUGCACGGAUCGAGCGAAGGAAACUCGUUUUCCACAAACACCGAAAACAAUCUGCGAAUUAUCGUCCGAUCGGUCGUCGUUUUACCUCGUCGGGAUACUCUUCCGUGCAAAAGGUUUUCUUUCCUCCGCGUUGCGUCUCGCGACUCCGAAAGGUUCGUACGAAUAAAAUUCGCGAGAUCGAGCCGAAUUCAGGCGAAUUCCUUCUCUCCACCUUACGAGACGACGAAGCGAGUGAUCGCGUCGCGUACCUAUCCUCCGGUCGACAUCUACCACUCUCGCUCGUAUUCGUUUUCGCGGAUUCUCUGUCGCGUGCUUUUUCGCUGGCCGAAACGAUCGUCUCGUUCGGCGAGGAAUCAGCGGGCCGAUGUCCGUUCCGAUUCGGUCUCGCAAUUUGCAAGAGUCGCGAUCCGCUCGAGGAACGCGUUCGGAAACGACGCGACCAGCCGUAAGCGAACAAAUAUAUUUUUCUUCCGCGAAUAUGUUCGACCGAUCGCUGGUCGCCCGUCGUUUGAUAAAUUCGCGAUAGCGUCGACAGCGACAGCGUCAACGACGGACACGGUAAGAAACGAUUGCGGGGAAACUCGGCGAACGCAAUGUGAUAUACGCGUACGUCGAAAUUGAAAUCCGAUUUCUCGACACACGGUGCUUUUUUACGUUACGAAUACUGUACGCUAGCCAGGCUCGAUGCGCUGUACAGAGUUUGCCGAGACGUCGAACGACAAAUCGUUCGAAACGAGCGAAAUUAUCGAAUAGCGCGCUACGAUAAGUACGUGGCGAUGUCGAACUCUAGUUACUUAGACAACCAUUUAAGGGUAUAUGGGAUAUUUCUAAUAUUUUUAAGCAGCGAUCGUUUCUUAAAUGCGCACGCGCACACAUACAAACACAAACAAACAGACACAAAGAGACACACAGACACACAAAGAGCGAAACAGCAGCGCGUUUCGGUAGAGAUCCACGAAGCGAACGCGGCCGAGGCGAGAACCGAAUCGACGAUGCGAACGGGGUUCGCUGUCCUCGAGACGCGUUCCCUUCGUCGAACGCAAUUUUUCGAGAAUGCUGAAGGAUGUAUUAUAUCGGAUACGAAUUACGUUGUGGCUGAGUGUACGUAGACCGAAAUGACAUUUAUGUAGCGUUAUGUAUAAAGGCGCGAGAAGAUUUUUGUAUAAAACGUGUACAUAAUUAAUAUAUAUGCAUAUAUAUAUAUCAUAUAUAUUAUACAUAUAUAUAAUAUAUAUAUAUAUAUAAAAUAUAUAAAAUACAGAUAUAAAUACGAUUAUAAAUACGAACGUAAGCGCGAAUAUAAACCACGAAUAUACGUCUAAAUGUAAAGAAAUAUAUAUGUCAGAAUUACA